AUGUCUACUGCUAACAGGUUUGUGCCCCUCGCGUCUAGGGCCGUGUUCUCUCGUAGAGUAAUGCUCGGAUUGGUCGGGUCCGCUGGUGUCCUAGGUGUCGCUGCUGAUCUGCACCAACGCCGUGACGGUUACCGUGGCGGUAACGGUAACGGUAACGGUCGGUCCACGGGGAAGUUGUGGACUCCUCUGGUUGCCGGUGCGCCCAUUGCGCAUCUUGCCCAAGUGGACAAGAAGUAUGGGGAGUCCGACUACCAGGCCGUUUACAACGCUAUCGCUGAGAAGUUGCGUGACGAGGACGAGUACGAUAACUACAUAGGGUACGGUCCCGUUUUGCUACGGUUGUCCUGGCAUUGUUCCGGUACGUGGGACAAGAAGGACAACACUGGUGGGUCCUUUGGUGGGACUUACCGGUUCCAGAAGGAGUCCAACGACCCCUCGAACAACGGGCUCGAGAACGCUGCGCACUUCUUGGAACCCAUCAAAAAGCAGUUCCCCUGGAUCUCGUAUGGGGACCUGUACACACUUGGUGGUGUCACUGCGGUGCAGGAGUUGCAAGGACCGAAGAUCGCAUGGAGACCAGGGAGGGUCGACAUGCCUGAGGAUACGACCCCGGACAACGGGAGACUUCCUGACGCGGACAAUGGUGCCUCGUACGUGAGGAACUUCUUCGACAGGAUGAAUUUCAACGACCGCGAGGUUGUCGCGCUGAUGGGAGGGCACGCUCUGGGGAAGACUCACUUGGCCAAUUCAGGGUACGAGGGUCCCUGGGGUGCCGCCACGAACACGUUCACCAACGAGUUUUACAACAACCUGUUGAACGAACACUGGACUUUGGAGAAGAACGAAGCGAACAACGAACAGUACAACUCACCAAAGGGGUACAUGAUGUUGAAGACGGACAUGGCGUUGGUCCAGGACGACAAGUACUUGCCCAUCGUGAAGGAGUUCGCGAAGGACCAAAACGCUUUCUUCAAGGAGUACACCAACGCCUUCCAAAAACUGCUACAGAACGGUAUAACUUACUCGAAGGAUUCUCCAGUCUUCGUGUUCAAGACGCUAGACGAACAGGACUUGUGA